CUGUAUUCUUAUCCAAAAAACAACAAUGAAAACGAGAUAUAUUAAUACAACACCGAUUUUCGUUUUCCUAACGAGAAUAAAGAAAAGGCGAUUACUAUAGCAACAAACUCUUUAUAAAAGCACAUCAAAGGAACCAUAAACAACAACAACAACAACGUAGGAGAAAGAAAAGAAAAGAAAACCAUCGAGGACGAAAUUACAACCUAGCACACAGAGAUAUAUAGCGGAAGCAACCAACAGAAGAACCUUCAACAGUUCCUCCACACGUACAACAACGUUGUUAUAAAAUCACCACUUGCAUGCUUACAAUAAUGUCGAGCAGAAAGAACCACUUCAGUUCACGAAGCCAUCGUUUUCUCCCUGUGGCCUCAGACAUAGACGACUCUGCAUCCCUAACCAUGGAUUCGGAAUCCGCGUUCGAGUUCGACGAGUCAGAGCUUUACAACUCGGUCCAAGCCAACUCGUUCGAGUUCCAGAGAUCGCUUCACAGCCGAGGCUCUAAUAAUUCCUCGGCCAAGAAAAAACCCUCUUCCUCCUCCGGCGCGCCGGCUUCAAUGCCGGUCAACAUCCCCGACUGGUCGAAGAUCCUCGGGGAUGAGUACCGGAGGAGGAACAGCUUUGACGACGACGACAACGACGACAACAACGAGGGUUACGACGAUGAGAGGAGUGGAAGGGUGCCACCGCACGAGUUUCUUGCGAGGAAUAGGGUAGCUUCGUUCUCCGUGCACGAGGGUGUUGGGAGAACCCUAAAGGGAAGGGAUCUCAGCACGCUCCGAAACGCCAUUUGGGCCAAAACCGGUUUUCAAGACUAAAAAAAAAACCCCACAACCCUCACUCACCGAACCGAAUCGAAUCGAAUCUUUAUUAUUUUUUUUUUCUUAACCCUUUUUGGUUCUACUUCUGUUACUGUUGUGAUUGGUAUGUAUUUUUAGUUGAGUUUUCCUUUUGUUAAUUUUUGGUGGUGGUUACGUUGACGUAUAUGAGGUAAUUAUAAGAGGUUUCGGUUAUUAAUUCCGAAACCUGAGGCUCGUGAUUUUGUAUCUACGUACGUAGUACCCUCAAGGAAUAUAUAUCUUUUUUUCAAUA